CAAUCCCUAGCUACCACUGACGCACUAUUACCACUCCACGUGGAAUCUAUCCUUUCGAGACCCCCUAUAUCCUCUUCCUCCUCCCACACACUUCCAAGGAAAAUUCAGCCUACUCGUCACACGUCCUUUUCUUUUUGUGUUUCCUCUCUCUCUCUCUCUCUCUCUCUCUCUCUAUAAUCUAUUAUAGUAUUUGAUUUCCCCGGUUGAAACGGAAGGGUUCUUGUUGAACGCUUGAGCAGGAUCCCACGAUUAGCAAAAGCUUAGAAAGCUUCAGGCAGGGGUCGACUUGAGAACACAUAAGUAGCCCCUCUAGCUAGAGGAAAAUAUGGCUGCAAGUACCACCUUUGCAGCAGUUCCACUUUUGGUAAUUCUAGCCGCUGCUAUUCUAGGAAACACCGAUGCGGCAACUCAUGUGGUCGGGGACAGCUUGGGCUGGGCAAUCCCCUCCAGUUCUUCGGUCUAUCCCAACUGGGCUUCUCAACAUACCUUCAAAGUUGGUGAUAUCUUAGUUUUUAACUUCGCAACUGGGGCUCACGAUGUGGCCGUAGUUCCAAAGGCAAGUUAUGACGGAUGCACCUCAAGCAAUCCCAUCUCACUACAAACUGUUGGUCCGGCAAGAAUCAAUCUAACCUCCCCAGGGCAGGCAUAUUUCAUUUGCACCUUCGCCCAGCACUGUUCCUUGGGACAAAAAUUGACCGUCUCCGUUUCAGGAGGUGGUGCAGCUCCAGCUCCAGCUCCUAAAGCCACCCCUCCACCAGCAUCAUCGCCACCAUCAACACCUCCAUCAGCAUCCACACCUCCACCCUCAUCCACACCUCCGCCAGCAUCAACACCGUCAACUACACCUGCACCACCGACUUCGGCACCAGCACCAGCAAAAACACCAGCAGCAGCAACACCAGCCCCAGCACCAAAAACACCAGCGGGUCCAGCACCUACUCCAGCAUCAGUGCCAGCACCAUCUCCAGCAUCAGUGCCGUCAUCCUCACCAGCUCCUGGUCCCGGAGGAGCUUCUACACCUUCAAGUGCUCCUGGUCCCGGAGGAGCUUCUGGUCCCGGAGGAGCUCCUACACCCACCUCGCCCGGUGGGGCACCUGGUGGGGGUUCGAGCUCUCCUCCGCCAAGUUCUGCCCCUGUCACGGCCACAGCUACAGCUACUUUAUUAGUCAUGCUUUUGUCAUUUGUCAUUGGUGUUACGUGUUAGGUUUCUGGGGAUAUUUUUGGUGUACACUGUCAUCCUUUUAGUGGUUGAUACAUAUGUUCGGUGUGACUUGAUUUUGAUAUUUUUUUUUGGGUGUGAUUAUAUUGAUUGACGGAUUAUAGAUUUAUGGAGAUAAAUAAAAGCUGCCCUAUUUCAGCUGGAUUUCUUGA